AUGUCCAUCGAGUCGUGUGGGCUGUGCUCCUCGUCCUCCAUAACAGGCGAUAGUGCCGAGGAGUCAGUGUCGAGGAUUGUGGGGCCGGUACAGCAGAUGUUGCUGGUGGAGCGCGGCGACGCCACGGUUAACCCCCCUUGUUGGGAGCCGUUGCCGGCGCGAUUUCUCUAUGAUGCUGAGGGCCUACCGCGCCCGGAGGUCGUCAAGGAGCACUUCCGGCGGGAGGGUCUUCUGCAUGAGGCCGAUGCCCUGCGCAUUGUGACCUGCUGCGCGAUGAUUUUGAAGGAUGAGCCGAAUGUCCUGCAGAUCGAGGACCCGGUCGCGAUCGCGGGCGACCUUCACGGCCAAUUUUUCGAUCUCAUCUCCCUCUUUGAGCUCGGCGGUGACCCUGCUUUCCAGAAAUACAUCUUUUUAGGGGAUUAUGUCGACCGUGGCUGCUUUGGGGUCGAGGUUAUUUUACUAUUGAUGUGUUAUAAAAUACGCUACCCGCGCACGAUGGUGAUUCUACGUGGAAACCACGAGAGUCGUCACCUCACCGCGUACUUCAACUUCAAGCGUGAGGUUGAGUACAAGUACUCGAGGAGACUCUACGACGAGAUCAUAUCGACAUUCGACUGCUUGCCCUUGGCGUGCGUUCUGAAUAAUCGUUUUUUCUGCGUCCAUGCCGGUCUAUCCCCGGAACUCAAGAGCAUUGCUGACAUCAAUGCGAUGCAUCGUUUUCGUGAGACCCCCGCCUCCGGCCCCAUGUGCGACCUCCUCUGGGCCGAUCCCAUGGAUGAGCGGGAAAAGGAUCCGAACUACCCGCAGGCUUUUAUUCCUAACACAACCCGAGGGUGUUCUUAUGUCUAUAGCCAAUCCGCUGUGAGCAAGUUCCUUGAGUUUAAUAAUUUGGUUUCCAUCAUUCGUGGCCACGAGGCACAGAACGAGGGGUUCCACUUGUACAAGAAAGGCGCCCAUGGGUUCCCCAGUGUGAUCUGCGUCUUUUCGGCACCGAACUACUGCGAUGCGUACGACAAUCGAGCCGCGAUUAUUGUAUUGAACAAGAAUAUCAUGAAAAUUUGCCAAUUUAACAGCAGCCCCCAUCCAUACUAUUUGCCAAACUUUAUGAAUACCUUCGUGUGGUCGCUUCCUUUCCUGGAGGAGAAGUUGCUGGAGGUGGGGUCACGUAUUCUGGAGGCGGUAGACAUCGAAGCUAGGGCUGGGGCCGAGGUGGGUGACCAACCCACUGUUUCCCUUAGUUUGGACCCUUUCCCAGAGGACUAUGGCGAACGCGUCAAGGAGAGGAUCUCCGACAUGGAGAAGAUGUCUAGCAUGUUUCACAUGUUGCAUGAAGAGGAGGGUGAGAUGGGGUCUACAAAAAGCUCCGCGUCGGACACGACGUUGCAUCACGUCCAAGCCUCUGACCAAUUCGCGGAGGCAGCGUCCUGUAGCGCAAAAUCCACAGAGGCUACCGAUGAGGUGUAA